AUGUUUAUCGAUGAUGACAUUGCUCAAGUCGUGAUCGAUACUGGCUCUGGCACACUCAAAUGUGGUUUCACAGGAGAAUUAUGUCCUCGUAGUGUGUUUCCAACUCUCGUCGGUCGAUUGGGAAUGGAUUGUACACUCGAUCAACCAACGACGACGACCUUUCAUGAAAAUUUAUUUCAAAUUUCUCCUCUCCAAAUACCACCGAAAUAUGCCUUCACAGGUCAUUCAGCCAUUUCCAUGUUGCCAUCCUCGUGUCAUCUUGAAUUUAAUCCAUUGUAUCAGCAGCAGCAUCAUUCCGAUCUUGAAAUUUCUUGGAAUGAAAUUCAAAAUUCAGAAUGUUCUAAUCAUGAUGGUUCAUCAUCAUGUUGCACAUAUUCGGAACCCAUGUCCAGAGGAAUAAUUCGAGAUUGGGAUGAUAUGGAAAAAUUAUGGCAUUGUGCUUUUUAUGAUGAAUUGAAAAUUGCUCCUGAAGAAUGUCCAAUCUUGUUGACACACAUUCCAUUGCAACCAAAAGCACAAAAAGAAAAAAUAAUUCAAAUCAUGUUUGAGACAUUUUCAGUGCCUGCUAUUUAUUUGGGAAAUCAAGCAGUCAUGUCCAUGUAUGGAUGUGGAAAAGUGAGUGGUGUGAUUGUGGAAUCUGGAGAUGGUAUUACAAAUGUAUUGCCAAUUUAUGAAGGAAAUGCAUUGAUGUAUGCUUUGAAAAGUUGGCAUUUGGCAGGUAGGGAUGUGACAGAAUAUUUCAUGAAUUUAUUGCAAAAUGAGAAGGGACUCGUUUGUAAGACGAGAUUGGAUCGAGAAAUUGUGAGAGAUUUGAAAGAAAAAUUGUGUUAUUGUGCUCAGUCAAAUGAUUCACAACAUGAUUCACAAAAUAAUUGCAAUCAAAAAAGAUAUGAAUUACCAGAUGGACAAGAAAUUACACUCUCCAAUGAAUUAUGUUCUAAACCUGUUGAAUUAUUAUUUAAUCCAAGCUCAAUAUUGAACGAUUUGGAAUAUAAUGGAAUUCAUGAAAUGAUUUUUAAUUCCAUUCAAUCGUGUGACAUGAAUUUACGACGAGAUUUCUAUUCGAAUAUCAUUUUAUCAGGAGGAAAUACAUUAUUUCCUGGAUUUAGUCAUCGCUUAAAACAAGAAUUACUGACACUUUUACCUAAUCAUGGAAAUCUCCUCACAACUCAAUUGAACAUCAUGGCACGUACAGAAAGAAAAUACUUGUCAUGGAUUGGAGCUUCAAUUUUUGGAUCCUUAUCGACAACUUCCGCCUUGUUCACAACAAAGGAAGAAUAUGACGAAGCUGGUCCUCCAGUGUAUCAUGGAAGGAAAUGUUUUUAA